AUGCCUCAAGAACUCCAAAUCAAAGCCCGUAUUACUGAAAUUGAAUCCAAAGUAGACAAAAACAGUAAUCCUUAUUGUCGGCUCAGUCUCCGAGGUCUAACUAACCGUUAUUUUUAUGUUUUUAGUAAUAGCCUAAAACCAGAAACCUUUACGACUUUAACUAAUACUCCUUGCAACUUCAUCAACCGUCAAGUCUUAAUUACUUAUCAAGAACUUCCUAAUCAAGAUAACCAAGGAACUUUUAGCUAUUCGGUGCAAGAGAAUAUUUAUCAAAAUAAAAACCAAGUUGGUGAUUUAUCACUAAUAAAGGAAUUCCAAAAACACGAAGCAAGACAAAAAAUUUUAACCACUCAAUUCCAAUCAAUCUCCGAUGUGGAAUUAAUUGAGGAACUAAAAAAGCGAGUCAGCCAACAAGACAUUAAACUAAGUAUUUACCCCAAUCAAGAACAUAUUUUUAUUGUCGCCAAAGAUAUGACUAAGGAAGUUAGUUUCCCUUUACCCAUUGAAAUUAAAGUUAAACAAAUCUAA